CUUACAAAAAAAUCUGUCAAUGUCAAUCAAAAAGCGGUGUUUUUUAAAAUUAAGGUUGUUUAAAGUUUUUAAUCGUUUUUAAAUUUCCAAUCUUUCAGCUAUAUACACAAUUAAUCUAUAAAUUAUCGAAAAUGAGUUCCUUUAACGUUGACUUUUUGGCUGAAGCCUUGCAAAGUACCAAAGUAUCGCCGAGCGGCGUCAGUUUUGCCGGAAAAUCUCUAAAAUUAGACAGCGAAGACGAUGCCAAAGACGUAGUCGAAGAAAUUAACAAAUGUAAAGAGUUGCAGUACCUUAACCUAGAAGGUAACACCGUGGGAGUGGAAGCAUCGAAAGUUAUAGCACAGGCCUUAGAGAAACACCCCGAAUUCAAGAGGGCACUAUGGAAAGACAUGUUUACGGGCAGACUCAAGUCUGAAAUUCCAAAAUCUUUGCAAUUCCUAGGCGAUGGCUUAGUAGCUGCUGGAGUCAGGCUCACCGAACUAGAUUUAAGCGACAACGCUUUCGGUCCAAUAGGUGUACAGGGACUGGCAUCAUUGCUCAAAAGCCCAACUUGUUAUGCACUGGAAGAACUCAGACUCAACAACAAUGGUUUAGGAAUUACUGGUGGCAAACUCUUGGCCUCCGCACUAACAGAAUGUUACAAUUCUAGUAAAGCCCAGGGUAAACCUCUAGCCCUUAAAGUGUUUAUUGCAGGAAGAAACCGGCUUGAAAACGAAGGUGCCACAGCACUGGCAGGAGUGUUUAAAAUGCUUGGUAGCUUAGAAGAAAUCGCCAUGCCCCAGAACGGUAUAUAUUACUCAGGAAUAACAGCCCUAUCCGAAGCAUUCACUUCUAAUAAAAACCUACAAAUUUUAAAUCUCAAUGACAACACAAUCGGAGAAAAAGGUGCAACCGCCAUAGCAAAGGCUUUGCCCAAUUUACAGAACUUGAAAGAAAUUAAUUUUGGAGAUUGCCUGUUAAAAACACAAGGAUCAAUUUUGUUGGCUCACGCAUUGAAGGAUAAGCACGAAAAACUGGAACAACUAGCCUUGGGAUAUAAUGAAAUAAAAAUGCGGGGUGGUCUAGAACUGGUAAAGGCUGUAGCGAAUAAAAUAAAAUUAAAAAAAAUCGUGCUGGACGGGAAUCAGUUUGGUGAAGAGGGGGCGGAAGAGUUGCAAGAUAAAUUUAAAGAAAUCGGAAAAUUAAACAUAAUAUCUUUGGAAGAUAACGAAGAGGAUUCAGAGGUUGAAGAUAAAAGAAGGGAUGAAAGUGAUAGUGAUAAAAGUGAAGACGACAGUGAUAUAGAUGAGCUACAAGAUACAAUACCCGUAGAAGACUUUCUGAGGUCACCCACAGCAAAAAAUUUUAUGUUAUUGGGCGAUCAAAGAACUGAACUUAUAAUUGAUGCGUCUAAAAGUUAUCUUGACAUUAAGUUAGACAAUUAUAUAUGCGUUUUAAUGAACGUGGCCUCUUUGACUGACAAUGCCAAAGAAAUCGUAGCAAAAACAGCGUUAAAGAGCACAGAAAGUCUUUACAAAGAACUGUUCGCUUGGUCGCAAAAAAACGACAAAACUUCCCUGGUUAACAACUUUAUUUUAAUAAGUAUGGGUUUGAUAAAAUGUGAAGAUAAAAGAUUUAAACCGUUUUGGAACAUUCCCGGAUGCCUAACUUCACUGAAAAACCUUUCAAAAUUGAAUUUUACCCCUGAUAGUACCAAAAACACUAUAAAGGUUUUUAUGGAAAGGGAAAUUGAACGAAACGGUACUCACCUUCAACUAAAAAAAGAAAUUUUAGCUGCACUAUAAUAGUUUUAAUGUAAAUAAAUGUACUUAGUUUUUUAAAAAGACUUAUUUUCUUUAAUUUA